AUGUCGUACCAAGCUGACGGCCGAGUCUCCCCCACAUCUUCUUCCUCUUCCCCAGCUUCCCAGUCUGCACCUGAGGAAAACGCCCAAGUCCCGGGUCCGACUCCUCAGUCUUCAUCGCAAUCCCCGACCUUCUCUUCUCGUGAAUGGGGGUUUUUAGGCUUGCACCGCGCGGUACGGAACGUACUGAGACCCCCGCAGUCUGCAAGCAACCGUCAUUCUCACUGGUCUAGCUCACGGUCGAGACGUGGAGCUCGAGGCGCCGCCGAGCCAUUCGUCCAAUCGCCAUUGCGGCUUGCAACAUCAGCUAUGUCAAUUUCAACUGCAGCAAGUUCUCCGGAGAGAGAACCGCGGGUUGCAGCAUCGGCUAUGCGGUCUGCAGCAAGUUCUCCAGAGAGGGAAUCAACCCAUGUUGAAGAUGUCGCCCAUGUUGAGGAUGUCCAGCUUGGAUCAUCUGGUCAGCCGUCUCUGGAUGACAGCCAAGCUCCUGCUGCUCGGAGAUCUGGAAUUGAUGAGGAUGCCAGAUCAGAUGUGUCUACAAAUUCAUCAGAGCAGACGGGAUCGAAAAAGUUGACCCAAGGACGAAAGGCAGUGGCUGCCAUGAUGUCGGGGUUGGAGGGGCGUUUGCUUCCCCGAAGUUUGAGUCGUGGGCGCGAGUCCAGUCGGGGCUCGUCAUCUCGCCGGAGUUCUUCUUUGGACUUGCGUUCUCCCACUUCUGGCUCAGAGCUUAGUCGUUCUGCUUCCCCCACCAAUCGCACCACCACUCGUACCACCACUCGCACUUUCAAUCUCACCUCUGAAUCUCAACCCACCAUCCCCACCAUCUCUACCACCUCCACCACCCCCAACACUGAGAACACACUGAAAAUGGAGGGCUCUCACAAUAGAUCCGACGAAGCUCUGGUGAAGCCUUCUGGCAGUAUGCCAAGCUACGUGCAGCCAACUGAACAUGGCGAGUCCGGCGAGCGCCUGGCAAAGGACGUCUUCGACCGUGACAACAACCUCAUCGAGAGCAGUAGCAGCGAUGAUGAUGAUGACUCCGACGACGACGAUGAUGAAGACGACUAUGAAUCCUCUGGCGAGGAAGAGUCCAUCCCCGGAGUAACCUUCGUGACCGUCCCUCGAGGCCGCACUAAGAACAAGAAGGACGACAUCACCAGCAUCACCGCCAGCGACUUCGCCAAGCCAAAGGACGCCAACCUCAACAUCACGGAGCAGCAAGCGUCAUCCUCCAAGCACAACAUCCCCGGCAUGGACAAGCAGCCACGAAAGUCGGUCCUGAAGACAGUCGUCCGUCCUCAGACCAACUACGAGAUCCCAACCCCGCGCCCCCGAUCCGCCGCUGGUACCCCAUGCGGAUCAGAUGAUGAAGAAGAGGAGGCCGCCAUCAACCGGGCCCAGGGACUCAGCAUCUACGUGUCCACGAUCGACAACGGAGUGCCCAAUCGCUCCAUCCGUACGAUCGUCCGGGGCGAGUUUGACGAGAUCCAGAAGGAGGCUGACGAGGGGCGCCGCCGCCAGCGCAAGUACGUUGUCGCCACGGAUCUCAGCCAAGAGUCCCAGAACGCCCUGGAGUGGACGAUCGGCGGCUUGUUGCGGGAUGGCGACACCAUGUAUGCGAUCUACGCCAUGCAUGAGGAUGCCGCCUCCUCCUCCGUUCAGGUCGGCGAAGGGGCCAAGGCCAUGCAAGACGCGGUGGCCGUCGUGGGCAGCCAGACCAAGGAGGUCACCCGUGCCUCUCGCCCUGGCACCCUCAACAUCUUGGGUCGGCUGGGUUCCGGAGUCGCCAGUAAGGCGAGCUCUGCCGAUGCGCGUGCGUCUCCCGCCGCGGAGGCCGAACGAGUCCGCGCCGUGAAGAAGAUCUCCGACAUUUGCAUCGGAUUUCUUCGGAAGACGGGCUUGCAAGUCCGUGUUGCAGUGGAGGUGAUUCACUGCAAGAGCCCAAAGCUGAUGAUCACUGAGGCCAUCGACGAGUUGGAGCCGACCCUCGCGGUCGUGGGCGCUCGUGGCCAAAGUGCCUUGAAGGGAGUCUUGCUCGGCUCCUUCUCAAAUUACCUCCUCUCCAACUCCUCGGUCCCGGUGAUGGUUGCCCGUCACAAGCUCCAGCGCCAGCUCUCAGACAAGCAGGCGAAUAAGAGGCUGGCGAACAACCUCACCGCCCCCAAGAGCCUACUGGAGAAAGCUAGGGCAGAGGCCAGGGCAGAGGCCAGAGCGAAAGCGAAGGCCCGAGCCAAGGCCUGGGCCGAGGGGAAGGUGGGUGAGGGAAAGGGAAAGGAGAGGGCCAACUAG